GAGUAAAAGUUUCAAGAUGCAGACUUGUGUUGUUCCAACGAGCGGCAGUAGUGCUGGUUACGAACCUUCCCCGGAGGCUGGCGCGUCUUUCGCCGGAACGGGACGGCUCCCGAGGUCACGCUCGGCAGAAGACCUGUCGCAGGAGCAGCUGAAAACGACGGAGAGUGAUACCGUGUUGAUUUUCAUCGAGUACGUUAGAAACAAGCUAGACAAGUCUCACCACCCGCGGGCCGGGGAGCUGGACGCAAAGUUAGAAGCGGAGGCAGGGAAGCGGAGAGAAAGCAUGAGAUUGCGGGGGGAUGGGGCGGCAAAGAGCUCUCUGCGGAGACUCCACAGCGAACCCAACGGACCGCGAAGCUUGGAACAACAUCACCGUCAGCUGACGGCGAACUGCAGUGGCGUGCGGCAGGUUUCGUCGCUGUCGUGCGAGGUCGCAGCGAGCACCGCUAUUGCCGGCGCACCCCGUCCGGGAGCGCUUGUUCUUGAGCGGCCUCCGUCGAACAAGGACGAGCGACGACAGCGGGCGUCUCUGGCUGCAACGUCACGAUCAAUCUCCAACGCAAGCUCCGGCAGCGACACCGCAACUCCUUCGACUACCGUUGCCCCUCCGUAUCACCACCAGUCGUCUUCCACAACGGGACUUAGCUCCAGCGCAACGACACCCGUCCUUAUACCGGAUCCUCCCCUCUGCGUCACGGGGGCCUCUCCUUCCUGCGACGCGGACGGAGCAGACUUUGCUUCCUCGUCUUACCCGCCUCUCUCUGCACACCGUCUCCACACAGUAGUCUCUUCCCCGGCCAUUAUCACAGCUCCCGUGUUUGCAGGUCGACCCAUUUCCCAGGAUUACUUUUGCACCGCUCAGCAGCCACUCACACCACAGAUGACCAGAGCGACAAUUGCCAGAGACUCAAAAUGGCGCCGACAGCACCACGCCAAAAUCAUCGCCAACAAACUCAAAAUAUUCGGCGACGAAAUCUCAAACGCGCACGAGGAGCAACUCCAGCAGGAGUUUGCGCAGCUCGCGAGCGCUCACCCGAAUCCGCAGCAAAUCAUAGAGGUUUUCUCUUUACAACUCCGUCACAUGAUGGUCGGCCUCUCCUGGCAGUCCAUCGGGAAGGUCUUCCACCUCAGCUAUCACCUGAUUCAGAUUCUGACGGCCCUGCUGGGUCCCUCGGCCGACGUGACCGCUGGUCAAGCCUGGGAAGAAUUCUCUGAUCUGUGGGACUUUACCAUCGGAUCAGUUACCAGAUGGAUUUCUUCUCACGGAGGAUGGAGAGCCUUCCCGGCUGAUUCUACCACCCCCUCCCCCGACCAGCCAUCUUGUCCGGCCACUCCCAGUUUCCAACGAGUUCGGAGCCGUCUCCUGAGUCUAUCAGAGAGCGGCGAGUUCGAGUUUAUUGACGAGGAGGGACAUCCCCUCAGCGCCGACACAAUAUCGACGACGUCAUCGGAAAUAGCUCUGAGUGAUGAUAGAGAGGACCAGAUGGGCUCAUCUGUUGAUCUACUCCACGAUUCUCUGGAGGGGUCAGCCUCAGAGCCCACCCUGGCAAUGAGCCCACACUUCUUCCUCACUCCCGUCACUGUACCUCCUCCGUGUGCCCCGCCCACCUCCUCCCCCACCCACCACGCCCACAACCACUCGUCGUCUCCAAAGAAGACCCCCAAGAGAAAGUCCAAAACUGGGAAAUCAGUGACUCCUACCACUAGCAGUACUGUAGCCUUUUCCAAUGGCAUCCCUCAACUUCCGGAACAAUCCGCAGCCAGCGAGACGACUAGGACACUACCAAAGAAGAAGAGCCAUUCGGUGAAGGAGCGCUCCAGCAAAAUCGGUGUUAAUAACAGAGUGGAAUUGGAGGGGCAUCUGAGUAGAUCGGGGAGUCUUCCUAUACGUCGGAGAUCCGGUGGCAGUAGUAGUAACAGUACUAGCGGAGGAAGAAGGACUUCGCAGGCAUUCAAUGGACUCAUGAUUGGGGUGGGCGGAGCUGCGGUGGUGUAUGCUGCAGUCUCUGCUCUCAUGAGACGAUGAUUUAAUAAUUAUUCAUGUCUGUAAACUUUCUGAUGCUCUGUAUCUGUCUGUGUUGUUAACCUGUUGAUCUGAUCAUGAAAGAGUCCACCGGUAGAAUGAUGGAUAGAAAGAUAGAGCAAGAAUGACAUUAAUGUUAUACAGGCCACAGCACAGAGAUUUUAAAUGUAUCUAAAAUUAGUGCCGAUUGUGAAUUCUAGCUUUCCAUGUGUGUCUGUCAUCUCACGAAC